AAUAAGGAUGAUAAAAGUGUUAAUAAUGGUCUAGGGCGACGGGAGGUGGGGGAAGGGAAUGAGUGUUGUGUGAGGCGACGAAGAACAAAAUGAUGGCGGCAACGGCAACAACCGUGCCUGUGCGGUGGCAACCACCAAACACCAGGUUUAGGAUUCAACCUCAGCCUCAGAUGAAGAGACUGAUGACAGUGAAAGCAUUUGGCAAUGGUAAGGGAGGCAGAGAUAUGGAUAGGGUUUGGAGGGAGGCGUGGCGAAGUGCGAACGAUGGAUUUGAGCGCUUUGUCUUUGAAGCGAAGAAGACUGCGGAGCGCAUCGACCGGCGCUAUUCUCUUUCGCGGCGUCUCUCGGCCGUGGCGAGGGCGGCCGCCGACCGAGCCCGCGAGAUUGAUCGUGAAUUUGAGAUUGGACAACGUUACCGCGCUUUCAGCAUGGAUUUCCAAAGAAACUGGCCCAAGUACAGGAAGCAGCUCAACAACUUUCUGGAUAGUCCGGUCGGAAAGAGCUUUGCUACACUAUUCUUCAUCUGGUUCGCACUGUCUGGUUGGCUUUUUCGGAUUUUGAUAAUCGCAACAUGGGUACUUCCAUUUGCUGGACCUCUUCUCAUUGGGACUUUGGCCAACACCAUAGUUAUUAAGGGAACUUGUCCGGCUUGCAAGAUGCAAUUUGGUGGUUACAAGAAUCAAAUAAUUCGAUGUACAGGCUGUGGCAACAUUGUCUGGCAACCCAAAGGUAAAGGUAAUGGAGGUGGGAGAACCAACUCCAAAUCUAAGUCAGACCCCGACAUUAUUGAUGUCGACUUCGAGGAGAGGUGACGCUCGCCCAUUUCGCUUUGCCUUCUUUGCAAAACCUCCUCCUCCUAUUCCAUUCUUUACUUACAACACUUAGUUCGCUUCUAUGCACUUUGUAAAUUUUUCUUCAGAAAUCAUACCACCAAACUAAUUAUAAAACCAACACUUAUAUGCCUUUUCUGGAGCCGUAUCAUAUCAUCUCGUUGUCUAUUGGACUUGCUUUAUGCUCAUAGAAUAGAACCACUGUUACCUUAUUCAUAUAUUUCACUACAAUUUCUGUUUUUUUUGGAUC